UAUAAAUCUUCUGUAAAUCUUUCGAAAUAGUUUGCGAUAGUGUGGUAAAACGUUAACUCAGCAUAGAAGCGUAUUUCGAUUACUUAAGACGUGAACUAAUAAAUAAUACUCGUCAAAACGAUAUUUUCGUUGAAAUAUUAAAAGGAUGUGUGCAUAGAAAUUUCGUAAAAUAUUUAAGAAGUAUAAAUGUUACAAGCAUAUGCGGAUAUACGUGAUCACGUGACAACCGUUGAAACAGAAUUAAAAAUCACGAGAUGCCAAGAAAAAUAGUCGCAAAACAAUAUUCGAGCCAAGAAUCUUUGGCUUUGAUACAUCAAUGCGAAGGUCGUUCGAACCGAGAAUGUAUACGAAAUGACAAUUCAAAAAUUGUUAUGCGAAGGAAGAAGAUAUAUGAAGUAUAUAAUAGGAAGAAAAUUCUUUCUAAAUCAAAACAUAGCAAAAUUCGAAAACUAUCAUGUAUCAACAAGAUUGGACCUUUAGACUAUGUCUUUUAUUCUAUCCUGAAUACAAGUUAUAAUAUGGAUCAAGGAACUGCCACAGCUGCGAUAGCACGUGGUUUAAUAGCAUUGAAUAAAAGAUUAGAUUCCAAUAACAUAACGAGCUAUUAUUUAAAUAAAUGGACGCAAUCUGGAGAGAACAUAAUGGUUUUAAAAGGCAUCGAUAGUAAACAUUUAAAAUAUCUUCACAACGAAGCUAAAUAUUCUGCAAUUGACUUGCACUUUCUGCAUCAACGAUGGUCAAAUGGAAGAGACAUCAUAGUCUUAACAGUGUUUGGGCAACAAGAAUAUCUACAAGACAUUUUUGAAGGAUUAUUACCUUUACGGUAGAAUAAGAAUUACCGAUUAGCAAUACAUAUGGAUGUAUGCAUUUGUACAAAUAUUUGUAAUUUGUACUUUACAAUGAAAUGUACAUGUUAUUAUAUUUUUUAUGAUGCACUUAUUAGAAACCCAUUGUAAUAACUCAGAAACCAAAUUUUUGAGUUAAUACAACAAAAUACUAACAGUGCAAGAAUUGAAAGUAUCUGAGUUGAUAUUCACAUCACGUAAACAUUCAUAAUGUAA